GUAAAACUACACAGUGGGGCAUCAACUGUGCAAGUUCUCCCACUUAAAACGAUGAGAUCAUAGAUAAAUACAGUGUUUAGAACUCAGCUUGCACAGAUUAAACACAUUGAUAGACGAUAGAUCUGUCCAGAGUGAAGCCUGUAUUUGCCCAGCAGUAGCAGGGAUAGGCUCCAGCAACCAUGUGAAGGGAAUAAGUUAGUUUUUAAAAUGUUUUCUUGCUUUCUUUUCUUCUCAUCUUCCAGAUUAUGCUUUGACUGCAUCAUAAAGACAGAACGCUUUAUGGAAUGAGUGCAAAAUUAUCUUUAAAAAUGACUUUAAUUUUUUUUUUAUAUAUUUUAUUCAACGCACAUGUGCAGUUAUAGUUAUUUUUUUUGUGUGUUGUCAUGGCAUCUUUUACACUGUUGCAUUCCUCCUGCAUUUCAUUUGGGUGAUGCAGCACGUUGUGGAUUCAAGAUGGGCUUUGUCUGUUGCAGUCCGGGUCUCUCCCUCCCUGCAGCCUGCACAAAUUGUUAGCCAAUGAUGCAAUCUCUAGUUCUGCUAGUUUAAAAUUCUCAGCCAAUCAGAGCGCGUCAGUAGGAGGGUAUCCAGUCAGCUCAUGCUUGCAAACAGCUCUGACAGGAGGAGGGCCUUUUAAUUCCCCGUCCCACCCUCUGUUUUAUUCUGUUAUUCCGCUCUGUCGUUUGAGAAUUGUGUUUUUACAGGGAAGAAGGGAGAGAAGGAAAAGGAAGAGUGGUCAGGAAGAGAGAGGGGAGGGGGUGUUCUUGUGGAAGUCAGAGCUGGGUCUUUACACAAAGCAGCCAUGAAGCCUUUCUGGACUGAUGGCCUCCACUCUUCUGACAGUAGGUUAACUGCUGUCGCUGGUCGUGGCUUUAAAUGUCUUCCGUCAUGGCAAAGCGUGAGGCGGGGAGCACCAGCCCGGUGGUGCGUCAGAUAGACAAGCAGUUCCUGGUCUGUAGCAUCUGCCUGGAUCACUACUGCAACCCGAAGGUCCUCCCCUGUCUGCACACCUUCUGUGAGAGUUGUCUCCAGAACUACAUUCCUCCAGAGUCACUGACGCUUUCAUGCCCAGUGUGUCGGCAGACAUCCAUCCUGCCAGAGAAAGGAGUGUGUGCUCUGCAGAACAACUUCUUCAUUACUAACCUGAUGGAGGUUCUCCAACGAGAGCCGGAGUGCUCAAGGCCCGAGGCCUGCAGCGUGUUGGAGUCAGUUAGUGCUGCUGCAGCAGGGAAGCCCCUCUGCUGCCCGAACCAUGAUGGAAAGGUGAUGGAGUUCUACUGCGAGUCGUGCGAGACAGCCAUGUGUUUGGAGUGCACGGAGGGCGAGCAUCGGGAGCAUGUGACCGUUCCUCUGCGAGACGUCGUGGAGCAGCACAAAGCUGCUUUGAAGACGCAGCUGGAUGCCAUACGCAGCAGGCUUCCUCAGCUCACAGCCGCUAUAGAGCUGGUGAGCGAGAUCUCUCGACAGCUCAAUGAAAGAAAGAGCGAGGCGGUUACAGAAAUCACCAGUACAUUUGAGGAGCUGGAGCGACUGCUGCAUCAGCGCAAGACCGCCCUCAUCACAGACCUGGAGAACAUCUGCAGCACAAAGCAGAAGGUCCUACAGGCCCAGCUCUCUGCUCUUCUUCAGGGGAAGGAACACAUCCAGAGCAGCUGCAGCUUCACAGAGCAGGCUCUCAGCCACGGCAACGCCACUGAGGUAUUGCUGGUUCAGAAGCAGAUGAGUGAGCGGGUCACAGCUCUCGCCCGACACGACUUUCCAGAGAAACCGCAUCAGAAUGCACACCUGGAAUGUCAGGUGGAGACGGAGGGGCUGCGGCGCUCCAUCCAGAACCUGGGAGUCCUCCUCACAACUGGUGCCGUUGCUCACACGUCGGUGGCCACAGGAGAGGGCCUUCGCUACGUUGCAACGGGCCAGCACCACACCAUCACUGUAACAACAAAAGACAAAGACGGGGAGUUGGUGCGGACAGGCAACGCGGUUUUGAAAGCAGAGAUCACAUCUGUAGAUGGCAGCCGGGCUGCAGAGACAGAGAUAACGGACAAUAAAAACGGAACGUACGAGGUGGGAUACACGCUGCGCUCCGAGGGGGAGUACUCGUUCUCCCUGUUGCUGUACGGACAGCCGAUUCGCGGCAGUCCCUUCCGCCUCCGGGCCGUCAAGCCGUCGGACGUGCCCCAGUCGCCGGACGAUGUUAAGAGGAGGGUCAAAUCCCCCAGCGGGACAGGGGGCCACAUACGUCAGAAAGCAGUGAGACGGCCUUCCAGCAUGUACAGCACAACCAAGAAGAAGGAAAACCCCAUUGAGGAUGAGCUCAUCUACAGAGUCGGUACCCGGGGCAGAGAAAAAGGCGAAUUCACCAAUCUACAAGGCAUCUCGGCCUCCAGCAACGGCAGAGUGGUGGUGGCCGACAGCAACAAUCAGUGCAUCCAGGUGUUCUCAAAUGACGGGCAGUUCAAAAUGCGCUUUGGGGUCAGAGGUCGGUCCCCGGGACAGCUGCAGAGACCGACCGGUGUCACCGUGGACAUGAACGGUGACAUUGUGGUGGCUGACUAUGAUAACAGAUGGGUCAGCAUCUUUGGCUCUGAUGGCAAAUUUAAGAAUAAGAUUGGGGCAGGUCGUCUGAUGGGUCCUAAGGGUGUGGCUGUGGACAAGAACGGUCACAUCAUCACUGUGGACAACAAGGCUUGCUGCGUCUUCAUCUUCCAGUCCAACGGGAAGCUUGUGACUAAGUUUGGAGGCAGAGGGACGACCGACCGACAGUUUGCAGAAAAACUUGGUCCAAACUUUAAUAAACCUUCCUCAGUUUUCAGUCCACACUUUGUGGCGGUGAACAACAAAAAUGAAAUCAUUGUCACAGAUUUCCACAAUCACUCUGUGAAGGUUUACAAUGCAGACGGGGAGUUCCUGUUCAAGUUUGGCUCUCACGGUGAAGGCAACGGUCAGUUCAACGCUCCCACUGGUGUGGCGGUCGAUGCCAAUGGAAACAUCAUUGUGGCUGACUGGGGAAACAGCAGAAUACAGGUGUUUGACAGCACCGGCUCCUUCCUAUCCUACAUCAACACUUCGGCAGACCCGCUCUACGGCCCUCAGGGCCUGGCCCUCACCUCAGACGGACACGUGGCUGUGGCAGACUCCGGCAAUCACUGCUUCAAAGUUUACAGAUACUUGCAGUAGUUCAGAGAAGAAUAAAAAAAAAGACACUACGAAAUCCUGCUUGAGUGAAUUAACCUCUCAUAUUGCUUAGAGCUGUAAUGUGCCUGCGCAUCUUAAGAAAGACCUAAUGCCCACAAAUAUGUUUAAUAAUGAGCCAGUAGUUUAAACUGAAUUGAUAUGAACAGUCAUGUAACCCCUUUAACUUAUAUUGUGCUGUGGUAAUGACUGCAAACAGGAGCAGCGUCCCAUUUCAUGGUAAUAAAUUCACCAAACUUGGAAAAAAUUAACUAUAGAAUAUAGUUUUUUCCCUAUAGCUGUCAUGUUAACCAGCUUACUGUCCUUGUAGCUUGUUGUUACUGCUUACAACCAAAUCAGAAAAAGGGAAAUGAAGUCACCUUUAGCACAAUCCACUUCCACCUGUGUUCCUGAAUAAGCACCAAGUACCAGCAGAUAACCUGUCAGCCUCACUCUGGUGAUUCUUCGCUUCUUCUGGAGGCAUCUCAAGACGUGCACCCAACGCUUCGCAUUUCUCCAACAAUAUUAUCGCUGCCUUAUGAAGACUUUUAGCCUGUUGACACAUUAAAAUAACCAGGAAUGAGUCUAUUUUAUCCCCCACCUCAGACAGAACGUUUCUGGUUUUGUAAAGCACAAAACGUACGCAUGAAAUCUUAAAGCUCCAAAAUUGACUGUCAAAUAGCUGAUCCCAACGACUUCUUGCACUUUUGUCUAUUCAUACAAUACUCUAUUGUAAAUAUGUGUAUAUACAAAUUUAGUGUCCAUGUUACUUCACUAUAUAGCCAACAUAUUACUAAGCAGAAUUAAGGUCACGCCAGUUGGACGAUAUCAUAACUUGAUUUUCCUCAAAGAAAACAGUUUAUUUUCUUUUCUAAAUAGUUAGUUCAACAAAUUAUUUUUCUAAUUGGUGCAUUGACAAAGCAUUGUUGUGCGUCGUAAUUUGUUGCACCGAAAGUUUUUCUCUCCUUUUCACCUCCAGUGAGACCGAAUCGAAACCUAAACUUCUUCCUUUCUGCCAAAGUGUUUAAGUUGUCAAGCGUUGCACAAAACUAUAAAAAAGUUAAUAUAUAUAUAUAUCAUGAUGUAUAGUUCAUUUAACAUAAUCAGAGAAUGAAAUGUAUAUCAGAAACAUAUUCUUGUUGUAGCUAAAAAGCACUUUUGUCAUGGCAGUAUUUGUAAUCAUUUCAAUUGUUUGGUGUCUUCAUGAUUUUUUAAUUUACAAUAUUCCAGGAAAUACUUUUUCCACAUUUGAUUUAUAAAGUUUUUUUGUUGUUCUUUCCUUUUUGACACAAAAGAUGAACUUCCUUCAUAAGGUAGUCCUGUUUUCUGUAGGCUUUACUUUUAUAUCUAUGCCUUUUUAACCAUGUGAAAUAACCUAAGCACAUAGGAAUAGGAUCUACAAUGAGUGUUCAAUGACAAGAAGACAUUUCAACUGCUAUGUAAUAAUCAUGGAUAAAGGUAUGAUUGUAAAAUUAAAAGUUAUGCUACCAACUCCUGUCAAUAUUUGUUUUUUUUAUUAAUUUUAUGUUUAUAAAUGCAUUUUUUAUGACUUUUCAGAAAAAAAUUUCUAAUGCCCAAUCAGUUUUUUAUGUCUGAAGUACUAAAGGUGGCAGCAUCUGAUGUAACCUGCUUUAAAUUUUCUUGUCUUCUGGGUCAAAAAAAAAAAUCUCUAAAUAAACCUUUAAAUAUAAAGUUUUAGGCCCAGAUUCAGAGACAUUGUCUUUAAUCAUGUUUUAGAUAACUCAACCUGUAGAGAUAGAGGAACCACCAUUACAACAUUAUUCACAUUAUUUACAGUUAUACCUACAAAUUACUAUAUUACUGUUACAUUCAUGUUUGGUGAACAGAUAAAUAUAUCUUUAAAUAUUUAAAGAUAUAACUUUU